UUGGGUCGGCGCGUGUGUGUAUCUCUGUUAGUGCAGCUGUAGUAUUUGCAGCCCCACUCUCAUUUCCACGAGAAUGCAGUUAUUGUCAUUUACAUUAUUUCUCCAAAGGUUGCUUUACAGCAACAACUCCGUGUAUGCAAUCCUGCCGUGACUGUCUCGGCUGUAGUACUUGCAUUAGUGUCGCGCAGCGAGCAGAGGAAAGAGUGUGCGCUCCGUUCACGCGAGUAAUGCCGUCUACGAUGGAGGGCUCGUCGGGGGAAGGUGACCUGUUUACCGUCAAACACGAGCUCAGAAACGCCAAUCUGACGGGUCACGUGGAGCGUGUGGGCAUUGAAAACUUUGAGCUGCUGAAAGUGCUGGGAACAGGAGCUUACGGCAAGGUGUUCUUGGUUCGCAAGGUGAGCGGCCAUGAUUCGAGUAAACUCUACGCCAUGAAGGUGCUGAAAAAGGCCACUAUUGUGCAGAAGGCGAAGACUGCAGAACACACACGCACAGAGAGACAGGUCCUCGAGCAUAUCAGAGAGUCUCCCUUCCUGGUUACACUUCAUUAUGCCUUCCAGACAGACACCAAACUGCAUCUCAUUCUAGACUAUGUGAAUGGAGGUGAGCUCUUCACACACUUGGUCCAAAGGGUUCGCUUUAAAGAGCAAGAGGUUACCUUGUACAGCGGGGAGAUUGUACUAGCACUGGAGCACUUGCAUAAGCUUGGAAUCGUCUACAGAGAUCUAAAACUUGAGAAUAUCCUUCUUGAUGCAAACGGUCACAUUGUGUUGACGGAUUUUGGCCUUAGUAAGGAAUUUCAUGAGGUAGAGAGGGCUUAUUCUAUCUGCGGCACUGUUGAAUACAUGGCGCCUGAGAUUGUAGCAGGAGGAGAGUCAGGACACGACAAGGCGGUGGACUGGUGGAGUAUGGGAGUUCUGAUGUAUGAGCUGUUGACCGGAGGCUCUCCUUUCACUGUCGACGGCGAUGAGAACUCUCAUUCUGACAUUGCUGAGAGAAUUAUGAAAAAGGAUCCCCCGUUCCCCAAAGACAUGGGGCCUCUGGCCAAAGACAUUAUCCAGCGACUGCUAAUUAAAGACCCAAAAAAGAGGCUGGGCUCUGGCCCCUCAGGGGCCCAGAAUGUGAAAAGCCAUCCAUUUUACCAGAAAAUGAAUUGGGAGGAUCUAGCUGCUAAGAAGGUUCCGGCUCCUUUCAAACCUGUAAUUCGUGAUGAGCUGGAUGUGAGCAACUUUGCAGAGGAGUUUACAGAGAUGGACCCCACCUACUCUCCCGCGGCUCUUCCUAACAACUGUGACCGCAUCUUCCAGGGCUAUUCCUUCAUGGCUCCCUCCAUCCUGUUUAAGAGGAAUGCGGUGAUGGACGACCCGGCUCAGCUGUGUGGCGUGUCAGAGAGGCCGGGCUCCGCUGCUGUUGCCCGUAGCGCUAUGAUGAAGGACUCGCCGUUCUACAUGAACUAUGAGAUGGACCUGAGGGAGAACGCUUUGGGAGAGGGAAGCUUCUCCAUCUGCAGACAAUGCACUCACAAGAAGACCGGACAGAAAUAUGCUGUAAAGAUUGUCAGUAAAAGAAUGGAGGCACAGACGCAGAAAGAGAUUGCCGCUCUCAAACUGUGUGACGGACACCCCAACAUAGUCAAACUACAUGAAAUCUACCAUGACCAGCUACACACAUAUCUCGUUCUGGAGCUCUUGCGAGGUGGAGAGCUGCUGGAGAGGAUCAGAAGGAAGCAGCACUUCAGCGAGACGGAGGCCAGCCGUAUCAUGCGCAGACUGGUGUCUGCCGUCAGCCACAUGCAUGAUGUUGGCGUGGUGCACAGGGACCUCAAACCAGAGAAUUUGCUCUUCACUGACGACACUGAGAAUUCAGAGAUAAAAGUUAUUGACUUUGGCUUUGCACGGCUCAAACCCCCCGACAAUCAGCUCCUGAAGACUCCCUGCUUCACUCUUCAGUACGCCGCACCAGAAAUCCUUAAAUACGACGGUUACGAUGAGUCCUGUGACCUCUGGAGUUUAGGCGUCAUUUUGUACACCAUGCUGUCUGGCCAGGUCCCAUUUCAGUGUCAGGGGAAGAGUCUAGCGCACACCAGUGCAGAGGAGAUCAUGAGGAAAAUCAAACAAGGAGACUUUUCUUUUGAAGGUGAAGCCUGGAGGAAUGUGUCCAACCAGGCCAAGGAUCUGAUACAAGAGCUGCUGACGGUGGACCCUGACAAGCGGAUAAAGAUGUGCGGCCUACGUUAUAAUGCCUGGCUGCAGGACGACAGUCAGCUCUCCUCCAACCCUCUUAUGACCCCUGACAUCCUGGGAUCUUCUACCAUAUCAGUGCACUCUUGUUUCAAAGCCACCUUCAAUGCCUUUAAUAAGUGUAAGCGGGAGGGCUUCCGACUUCAGACGGUUGACAAGGCUCCUUUGGCCAAACGCAGGAAGAUGAAGAAGACCAGCACCAGCACAGAGACCCGCAGUAGCUCCAGUGAGAGCACACACUCCUCUUCCUCUUCCUCCCAGUCUCAGGAUAAGACGCUACCGGAUGAAGAGACAGCCAUCAUUCCCCAGGCCUCCGUGAGCACGCCUCUCACUCUGGUCCCUGACGAUGAGGAGCCCUCUCAGGGCGAACUCCAGGUUACAGAGUGAUAGGACAUAACUUUCCAACUGUCUCGUUCUUUCUCCUCACACUUUGGGCCGUACAACUCCAGAAUUUGCAUGUGGGAACCAACUCAAAUCCAUCAUUAGCAAUAGAUGCACACCAUGAGCACUGAAGACUGAGCUGGAGUGAACUUCUGGCUCAAGUCCUGCAUGGCUAAACAUCACUGUAUCCAGUCCAGUGUCUCAAACACAAGAGAGAAGUUCACUUUGAGGAGCAUCAAGACCUUCUCCACUGAUAGACAAAAAGAAGAAAAGCCUGCUUGUGCAUUGUCCUGACCAGGUGCUCUGCUUCAGGCAAAAAAAGAGAAAAAGAUAAGGAAUAUGUAUUUAAAAAAAUAAAUAAAUAGAAUUUAUUUAAGAGGAGAUUUAUUGUUUAUACAGACUUCUCUCAAAUUUAAUAGAUAUUUGGUAUAUACCAGUUUGUCAGAUUUAACAGCUCCAUUUGUGCUGGGAGCUUUAUGGUGUUGAUUCACAUAUUUAACUUCAAUCUUUGACUUCUUCCAAAAGAUUUUACUGAAGUAGCAACAAUUAGGUGUAAUUCUGUGUUCUGUGUAAAACUCUCGUUUAUGUAGUUACCCUUGGCAAGGUAAAAAAAAAGACAGUUUGUUUCACAUUUACGUGUUAUUUUGACUUUCCUCAGGUUAUUUAUUUGUUCUUAUAAACUUGAGCUCAUUUUUAAAGAGUUGAAGACAAAGCCACCGGCUGAAGGUGCGGUCACAUUUACUCUUGCUCUGCGAAAUUUAGUUUUGUAUUUGGUUUUGGUUGGCUUUCACACAGAUUAGCAGCGUUGACCAACAAGAAGAAACUGCUUGGUUUGAAAGUGACUGCUUUGUGCAUUAUUGACAGUGGACGAUGGAACAUUUUUAGCUUUUUUGCUGAAAUUUCGCGGAUGUGACCGUGCCUUAAAAGAGAAACCGCUAGAGGUGUUGCCUUGGAUGUUGGAUUUCGUUACUCAAGGUUUUAUGCUUGAGUAUAAAUUUAGGCUGUACGUGAAUCUGCCGAUAGAUGUUUAAAGUCAACAUGAAUUUAAAGGAUUAGUCCACUUUUAAAUAAACUUUUCCUGAUAAUUUACUCAAUAAUGGUCUUAUCUAGAGAAACCAUUGCUCAUUUUAUGAAAAAAAUUUAA